CCCACCCCACAGCCUCGUUCCCUAUGCAGAUCUCCAGACAAAGAGCCUGCAAGGAUGAACUUUGCCUCCCCAUUCCCCUCCUCACAGGGAUGUCUCAGCUUGUAAUCAUUAAUGAAGCCUCCUGUGAUGGAAGAGUGACUGUGCAGCCCGGACAUCGCUCAGAGCUGCUUUGGGAAGCCAGGAGCUGCCGAAAAUGUCGAGCAGGUACCACAAAGCAGCGGCCGAUGGCAACGUGGACCUGCUGAAGGAGGCCACCAGGAAGGACCUCAACACCUCAGAUGAAGAUGGGAUGACUCCCACCCUCCUGGCAGCCUACCACGGGUACCUGGAAGCUCUGGAAGUCAUUUGCCGGAGGGGGGGUGACCCAGACAAGUGUGACAUCUGGGGGAACACGCCCCUGCACCACGCUGCCUGCAAUGGCCACAUCCACUGCGUCUCCUUUCUGGUCAGCUUUGGUGCCAACAUCUUUGCUCUGGACAACGACCUGCGCACUCCCCUGGAGGCAGCUGCCAGCAGGGACCGCAAGGAGUGCGUCCAGAUCCUGGACAAGGCUGCCACCGAGCAGAACCUGCUGAAUCCAAAGAAGGUCUCCAAACAAAAGGCACAGGCCCAGAGGAACGUCGAGAGACAAAUCAAAGAAUGUGAGAAGCGCCAGGAGAAACACCAGCAUGAAAUGAACCGGAAUUAUAUUAAAGAAAAGGUUGGCACAGUGAAUUCUUCCAAAGGAACACACUCCAGGGUAAAGCUGCCUGGGCUAUUUGCUUCAAAUACCACAAGUACUUUAACCAAAAACCUGAAAGAUACCUUGAAACUCAAGACAAAAAAGACAGCCGACAGCACAAGAAAGCAGGAAACACAAAGAAGUGACCAAGAGGAUGAUAUGGCUAGGAAAAGUGUGAUGCAUUUGUUUGAUGAGAAAGAGGAAGAUGAAUUACUGAAUGACCUCGGAGAGAAAAACCUUGCUGGUAAUGACAGUCAGCUCUCCAUUUUUCAGCGGCCAGGUCUUGGCAAGAUUGUGUUUGGAAGGAAUUUGGCUGCAGAGGUAAAUCCUGAAACUGUGUCUUCUGAGAAAGAAGGUAUAAGAGAUACAAUAGCCAGUGAGCUCUUUCAGUAUGAAAAUACUGAGAAUGGCAGGGAAGAUGAUGCUGAAAGCAGUGCUGAUGUCCCUUGGAAUGAGGAAGAAGUGGUUUGGGAUGAUGAGGAAACAGAGAAUACGCCCCUUGAGGUAUUUCUGGCAUCACAGAUGCUGGAUGAGUUUCUUCCAGUCUUCAUGAGGGAAAAAAUUGACUUAGAAGCCCUGAUGCUAUGUUCUGAUGAAGAUCUACAGAGCAUUCAGAUGGAGCUUGGGCCAAGAAAGAAAGUCCUGAAUGCUGUGAAUAAAAGAAAACAGGCACUCAAGAACCCUGGAAAAACUGUAGAUACUUGCUUAUAAAUUAUCAUUCCUAUUGUUGUAACCUACACACUGUUUCAUUACCUUUCCCUCUUUCCAAAGAGUGUUCAACUCUUUUCAGAAGUAUGCUAAAGCAAAAGGCAGAAAUGUUACCAAUUGCUUCGGAAAGUACAGCAGGGAUAACAAUUUUUCUCUCUGGGUGGGUAGUUGUGGUGAACAGGAUAUUAAGUAAAGUAUAUUCUGCCAAAAAACAAGAAUGUGAAGAUGAAAACCAAAAAGCUUUUUCUCCCAGAACUGUUUAUGUGGAUUGGAUUUCUUUUGGUCCAGAUAAUUUCAAAUAUCAGUGAAGGCCAGGCCUGGCGCAUUCCUUAUUAAAGCCUUCCCUUUCUUCUCCAAACCACAAAGCAAAGAGCAUUUUCAGAGCUUGAGAGCUUUGAGUUUUCUCCAUUUGCUUCUGUAAGAUCAGUAAAACCACUCUUCCUAGUACUGGUGUAUGUUAGGAAAGGAAUCUGAAUCUUGAUUUUAGCUGUGGUUUAUUGACUCUAAUCACCUCUGAAUUAAUGUAAAUAAGACUAAUUUGCUGCAAGUUUCAUAUAUUUGUCAGUAAAGUUUUUACUUCUGUAUUGACAAUAAUUUAAAAAUACAUGAAGUAGCUUCCCAAGAGAUGUUCAGUGUCAGUUGUAUAUUCCUUUCUUGUCUCAUUAGACUGGAUCCAGUUGCCAGCACCCAUCGUGUCCUAAAUGUCAUCAAGGCUGCAAUACUUUUAACUACAAGAAGCUGAGGUUUAAUUUUCAAAAAUUUUGAUCUAUUUUGGUAUAUCCCCAGCUUGGUCCCUAUAGGCUGCAUUUUCCAUGCAAAGUCCCAGAAAUGAGGAUUCAUAUCACACACCAUUUUCUGUGGGUUGUUGUCAGCCUUAGCCUGAGAACUGUGUAUCACACACACAGCUCAUGAAAAUAAAAAAAGAAAAUGAGCUGUGCUGCUGUGGAAGCUCCUGCUCUUCACACUCUGUCUGGAGGCGUUCACAGCAGGGUUCCCCUGUUCCCUUGGGAAGCCAGCACUAUCAGAUAUAAAUUAAUCACUCCUGUUGAGUUUUGUGAAUCUAAUAAAGUGCUUUUAGCAGCCAUGCUCUGGCUAAGAUCACAGAUUUUAGAUGCACAUUCAUUAGCAGAACAUUUAUCUUUAAAGCUCUUUUUAUAUCUUCCCAUUAGCCAGCUAUGAUUUUUUCCUUAGGGGUAUUCUGCAUUUCUGGAUGUUAAUCCUGGUUAAUGAUCUGGUUUUUCAUGUUUCUUCUUUCCAUAUCAUCUUGUGACUGUGAUUUGUAUAAUAUAAUAUCUUUUCUCAGAUGGACUUUAUACUGCAUUCUUCCCUGCUUGGGUUCCUGUACACAGCACAUUGAUAUGUUCUCAUAUUAAGCAAUCACAUCAAAGUCCUGUUCUGUGCAACCUUCCAUAAUUGGUUUUUCUACUCAUGUGCUUUGCUGUUUUCAUAUUUUAUCAACCCCUUUUUUUCCUUUAGAGUUUGGAAGCACUGGAAUCCUAGCUGUGACUCCUUUCAGUUCAGUUGGAGAGACUUUAUGUAUCGCACAUGCAAUCCUAGAGCAGAACCCAAACCCAAAUCAUAAAAACAGGCAAACCCACGUGAGCACAGCCCUGCCAAGUGCAAGGUUCUCCUUCCUUAAGGAUUUAAUACUCUGCACUGAGCAGACAUUAAGAAAAUGUACAGCAUGGGACAACUGAGAAACUGAGUAUCACAGAGGAAUGGAGAACUCACUAUUUCUUCCAUUUUCAGUGAUCAUAUUUACUGAGAGUGCAGUCACUGCAACAACUUGAAUACUUUCUUUCUUGUCAUCAAAUAAAUCAACCACAAACCAGAAAAGAAAUGGACAACCAAAUGAGUGUCAAAGAAAAACAGCAGUAUCUAUUUAAUUUUAAUAUAAAUGCAAGUUACACAAUUUCAUGAUCCAUUAGUUUGUAAGAGAAAGAAACAUAGAAAUUGAUGCUAUUAUUUCCCCUCAGAAAAUCUAAAGGUGGCAUCCAAGCAAUUCCCAUUGUAACUGAACUUCAGGACAUCAGAGGUACAACACUGAAGCCAGGCUCCCAAAAUCUCCCACUGCCAAUGAAGCUGAGAAUUUUCAGAACCAGGUCUUUGGACUGGCUCCAUUUAUUUUUUUAAAGUGCAUAGUCUGUAGGGGAGUACAUGUGAAAAUAAACUGGACUUGUCUUCUUCCCAAACACUACAUCUCACUUCAAAUUACAAAUCUGGCAUAACACUGGCACAGAAGUGGGAUUAUACUGUCAUAAUUAUUAAUUGGAAGUUUCCAUAGAGUUCUUGAAUAAUGGAGCAUCAUUUAUUUUCAUGUUUACCUCAGGUUAGUGUAGUUCUGCUUGAAUGAACCAAGAAACUAAGUCAACACAAACUUCUGAAUACUUCAGAAAUGACAGAGAAGAAACAAGACAUGUAAAGACAGAAGAGUAAUUUUGCUACAAUUAAAACACAAAAGCUCACAGAGAAUUUUCUGUUGGUUUUUUUCCUGAUGGGAUAAACAGGACCAGUGGUGUUCAGUUUGGAUCCACAUCAAACAUCCUUCAGGCCUAUCAGGGGUCUGGUACCUUUCUAUGCUACAUCUACCACUUUGUACUUUUUCCAACUAGCUUACACCAGGCUUACAACUGGGAGUAUUAUUUACAUCACACCUGCACUGUACUCAUUAACCUUUUCUACACCUGCCUAUGCACCCUCCAGGGCUUUAAUGCCAGCUGCUCCUGACCCUCCUUCCUGUGCUCUUCUCUAUUCUACUGACAUGUUAUUAAAUGCCCUGUCAUCCAACUCUUCCACAGCAUGAAGAAACACUUAAUAGCCUGCAUGAAAUAAUAUGCAAAUGGAAAUAAAAUUUCACAAGGCACAACUUGUGAGCUGGGACAGGAAUCUGUUUCCAGGGCAAUAGCUGUUUUUCAGCAGAUGCUCACUCUUUUGCAAGGCAGUUGCAUAACAGCACAAAACUGGAACUUUUCCUUAUGUCACUGGGUUCCUCUGCCAGGAAAGGAUCAUGAAAAUUCCUGCCCCAGCUAAUAUCUGUGAUAAUAGAACAAUUAGCAAUUGAAGCAUAGUAUAGCCAAACUGAAAAUAUUUGCCUCUAUACUUGAAAUCAGUUUGUGCAGCUCCAGCCUUCAAGAAACUUAGAAAAACAACUUAGAGGAUUCAUAGAUUAACGGCAAAAUCUCCCUACAGAAUUGAGAUAAAAGUUAAAGACAAGACACUUAGUCCUCACAGUCUGUGUGACUUCCUGCAAUAUGAAAAUGGCAAUAUCCCAGUGAGGCAUGUUCUAAGGGAAGUACUGAGCAGAAACCCAGCUGCAGGGAGGUAUGGUUAUUACAUAAACCCCCACUGAGAACUGUGCCCUUAGUGAAAAACCACCGAGUCUGAGGGCAAAGAAGGUGGAUUGCCAGGGGUGAAGAAAAUGGUGAUUUCCAGUGAGCUGGAAGGGAAGAUGUGUCCAGGAGUUAGAGGUGGGCUGUGUGCCUAGGAGGCUGAAGACAAGGUCACUGUCACUGGAAUACUGAAACCCACAGCUGCAUUUAAACUACCACCACAGGUAAAUAUGAUGCCAGAGUCCAUUCUACAAACUGAUCUAUUUUACACCAGAAUUAAUUAUCCCUCUAAAAACCACGAAAUCUACAAACAGGCUUCUGCUCCAUAAAUAAUUAGAGAGGAAAGGCAUUGAUUCCAGAAUGAUACCAAAAUAUGGAAAGAUACCCUUGUUAGUAUCACUGCAAACAUCUAAUGCUUGCUGUUACAAGAGAGAGACAUUUAUUAAUUAUACUGCAAGUAUCUAAUACUUGAAAUUAGAAGACUUUAGAAAUUAGUCUAUUGCUGAAAUUUUACUUGUCCUUCUUGAAUAUUCUUAAAAUUAUUGAAGGAUUUAGACAGGAUUGGUGCCUUUCUUGUUAACACAGGAUUCAAGGAAACUAAGUGCAAACGAUUUUCUUGGCCUCAUUGGCUUUGUAGACUUCUCUCUUCAGUUACCAGCUGACCAUGCAUCAUAAACAAAUUUUGCUGCUACCGUGUCUUCAACCGCCAUCCCUGAAAAAAAAUUGAAGUUAACUUCAAACAGUUAUUCAGCUGUACCAACAAUUUUGCUUCAGAAGGGAACAGGAAGAUUCAGGAGAUUAUCUAACUGGACAGGAAGAGGAAUUAUUUCCCAUCCCAAACACCUACAGUGUUACAUUCAAAGUCCACAGCCAUCAUGCAGUGUUGGGUGUGCUAUAAGAAGUUAAUGUAACAGUAGGAAUCUAAUUUUCAGUGUUCAUAUCACAACUGGGCCCUUUUGGAGAUGUCAUGUAGCUCAGAGCAUGGUAAUUCAUCCCCAGGGCCACCCUUUCCCAAAGCCCAGCCCCACAGGACACUGUCACAUUGUCUCAGGUCAGACAGACCCCACGGGUGGAACAGCGGGGCAGUCGGGCUGCUGCUCUAUUAAUAAAUGCUGCAGUCAUGUCUUGAACAACUGUGAAAUGGAAAAUGGACUUCUAUUGUUUGCCUGCUUUCCUAUCACUUUUCAUUACAUCAAUCCUGCUAGAUAAACAAGAAGGGAAAUAAAAAGGGAAAAUGCAAAUGACAGUCGACUUUCUUGUGGAUUGCCACAGCGGUUCUGAAGAUGAUCAGCAGCUUUCCCACGCAUGGGGGACCUAACAAAGAACAAGGCAUUGUUUUCUGUCAGACUUGGACACAGGAGGGGCUGUUCUUACCCAGUGAUUUAAACACUGUUGUUUUCUCAGGCAGGGCUGGUUUUGUACCCUUCAAUACCUCC